AUGAUACGCGAACUGGGCAGACCGACGGCCCCUGUAGUGCCCACGGUUGAUCAGCUGCCCCCUCCUCUGGAUCUUCAUCCUCAUCCGCCUCCGCCCGCUGGUCCGCCUGCGAAUGUGCUCCCAGCCUCCUCUCGUGAGCCGGCAGUGUUCCCGCGGUCCCUUCCGCAUCCCCAUGAGUUCCUGCCUCAGCCGCUCCCUCUUGCGCCGCCAGAACCACCAAUGGUGGUGCGACUUCCUCCCCACGCGGUCCCGGGGGUGUGGCGCGUCCCCCCGACUGGAGGGGCUACUGUGUUCCAACCGCUAGUGGAGCCGGGGAUUGGCGCGCGGGGCGAGCCGCCUGCGGUGGGGCCGCCCCAGGGAGUUGCGCCUCCUCCACAGGUACCUCCAGCCAAUCCACACGACCACCCAGCGAGGGGGGAGGCAGCAGCAGUGGCGACAGCGGCGGGGGAAGGGGUGUCCACUGAGCCCCGGUCGCGGUGCUCCCCCGCGCGGCGCCGCCCUGGUGGGUUGCGGGUGGGCGGCCGCAUUGUGUUGGAUCGGUUGUCCCGUCGUGGCGCAGGGGCUCCCCGCGCGCUGGAGGUUGAGACGCAACUGCUUGUGCGCCUGUGGCAUAUGCGCACCUACUAUGCAGUUGUGGGAGCGCUGCUGGAGAAUGCUGCCGUGUCGCUGAGCCGCGUGCCUCUGGCGGCGUGCACGAUGGGCCAUGCGCAGUUGAUGGCCAGUCGGGACGGUGCGUGGCUCCUCCGCCAUGAGAUGGAGAUCGCUGAGGAAGAGCCCGUGGGGGAGCCCUUGUCGGCAGCGGAGGCGGACGCCGAGAUGGAAGCCUCCUCUGCUGCUGCUGUCUCGGAUGCUCUUAUCGUGGUGCCGCACUUGAGAGCUCUGCUCAGGCAUGCUUCGGAGCAGCAGGAGGUGCUCUUCACACUCAUCAAGGAGCUUUCAGACGCACAUCCAGAGAUUAAGAAUCCAGAGCAAUCAGCAGCGCUGCUGGGAGGCAUCCAGGUGGAACUGCCAUCCGAGAGGGAGUGCGAGCUGAUGCAGAAGAUAGCGGAGAUGAGGUGCAAGGUGGCCACGCUGGUGGAUAACGUCAUCACCUACCGCAAGCGCAACGCACAGUUAGAGAAGCAGGUGGCGGCAUUUCAGCAACGGAAGGAGGAGAGAGAAAGGCAGGGCGUGGUGCUGAGGCGAGGGAGGUGA